CUUUAAUCGCCAUCAUGUACGAAAGUUUCACCCAAACAUGCUUCAUAUUGUAUUCAAAUAUACCUUUACUUUAGGGGUGUUCCGGGUUGUUCCACUAGGCCUCCUAUUCCUAGCGCUUAUUCGUGUCCUGGGGGCUGCUGGACGCCUCUGGAGACCAUCCUAUACCGGAAAAUCAAACCGGAAACAACACUCAGAUCAAAAAAUUGAACCUUUAUGGGACUUUGAUUUCCGGAAAGUAGACCCCAUCAAAUACCAACCAUAUAAGACACAAGGUCAUGUCACCAUGGGAAUCCAAAAACGUACCCGUUCAGAAUGGAUUCGAAUCGACCGCGGCUAUGUAAAUCGCAUUGAGGAACGAUUACCUCUAAUUAGAGACAAGCACGAGUUUACCAUUGGGACAGGACCGAAGGUCAACGCCGCCAUCGCAGAAUUAUAUGAGGAAAUCAUGAUUAAAUAUUUGCCCGUUAGGUUCCCGACUAUUUUCAAGAGAUACAAAGAAUUGGUGAAGAACUUGGCCACAGGAACUGCCUAUCCCCUUACCACGUCGGGAUUAACACCCGAUCAAAUGCUGGCAUAUAUGGGCGAAAACGUCGAGGAAGAUUUCUAUUUCAUGUGCCUGGAUUCGGACGGGCAGUAUCGUUUACAGGGCUAUAUCGCCUGUUUCCCCGGCGGGUUUCUAAGCCCCGCGCGAGUUGGGGAAUCUGUGCGAGAAAUUCACCAGCCAGUCCCAGGAUAUGAAAGUAAACUCGGGCUCAGCGUAGAUCGGUAUUUUUCCCGGAUGCGACCAGGAGACUUCAUAGGGCGCAUGAACUGGUCUCUGCAAGUUGAUGGUGUUGACUUGUUUCGUACCGAUGGUAAUAAUUACUAUCCGGAAACCGAACAAGCCAUCCUAGAAGACAAAGCAGAUCCUUCCCUUGAUGAUUGCUAUUUGCGUGUAGAGCACCAAACACUAACUAAACUCCCACGUACAAAUGCUAUAAUCUUUACGGUGCGGUCAUAUAUGACAUUGCUCCAUCAAGUAAAAGCUGAGGGGGAUGGGAAGGCUUUGGCACAAGCUAUUAAGUCCAUGCCUGGAGGACUUGGUCAUUACAAGAUGGGUCAGUACUGGGGCAAGAAACUACUCCCAUGGCUAAUGGAAGACGCCUAAUACCACUAGGAGUAGGCACCUAUAUAAUCAGACUGAGACCUAAAAUUGCCCCCAAAUAUUAUAAAUAUAAGGCUCUUUUAUUCGCG